AUCCGUGCCCCGUGGGCCGUUCCACGACGGUCUCCCCCGACGACAUCGCUUCGGCGGCGCGGGCAGCGGCACGACUCACUCCCGGCUCUCGGCAGUUGUUUUCCAACGUUUUCCGUUGACCGACUGCGCUUGGUUGCCGAACGGUUAGUUGCGACGAGUGCGAUAUUAAUAUACUUUUCGUCGAGUGCGUAUAGUUUUCCGGUCGGUGUUUCAAGUUUUUAAAAGCUGCAGCCCCAACGCAACUCAAAUCCUUUCAUAAGCUCGUCAAGAAUAAAACAGUAAAGCAAACGAAAAUUCGUCGUUUGCAAAAAAAGACAAGGAUCAACACAAUUUUAACAGGUCACAAGUCCGGCGGCGAUGCGUCCGGCAUUCCGUCCGAGCCAGUGACAUGGCCACGUUGUCGUCAGCUUGCAGCAGUUACGUACGCCAGCAGCCCGGACAACCUUUAAAAACGCUAAACGUCACGAACGCCAUUCUCCGGACGGACAAAGGACAGGCGUCGUCGUACCGGCCACAAUGCACGGCGAAACGAAAAAGCGCCGUGGAACUAUUGCAAGAAACAAAAUCGCUUUACGUCAAAUCGGAAACAGUGCUCGACAGGAAACAAGAGCUCAGGCGGAGUCUCCGAAGCAGUGGUUCUUCCGACAAGGGCUCAUCAUCGCAUGACAUAGCUUCCGGUUGCUAUAACUUUAAAGGUAACUGCUGUAAUUGGUCGAGUGGAAGUUUUACUUGUCUGCCGCCACCUAAAAGCCCUCGACUGGUGGCUGGAUGUCAGAGAAAGUCAACGGCGGACUCACAACAGCUUCAAAACGAUCUCAGACGUCUAUUGAAUACUGACUCUAAAGAAAACUUAUUCGAAGCAACUUCGGUGUUCCUCGACGAUGUCAUCGUUCCUCCUCCUGUGCAGUACCGCAGAUCGGUGUCGCAUGGCCAACAGCAGCAACAGCAGCAUCAUCCAUGUUGUUGUGGACCGUCGGCCGCUUGCCACAAAUCACUUCCGGAUCUCACGGAUGUUGCGACAGCAGCCACGGAAACGAUUACGGAUGUGGCAACGCCAGCGGUGGCGGCUGGCCCGAUCCGCCGUUGCCGUCGUUCCGCGUCUUCGGGAUCUGUGGCUGCUGGAGACGACGAUGACGAGGAUGGCGAAGAUGACAUAUUCGAAACAUACUGCAGCGUACCAUCUCCGCCAGGAUUUGGAAACAAGUCCAGACAAGACGAAACGGACGCGGUCGCCAACGUAACCUCUUUCCCGGAUUCAUUGAGCCUAACCAGUUACAAAACGGAUGCCAGAUGGCAGCAGUCUGCUCAUGGAGGGACCGGAAGUUCGAUCGAAGAGGAAAAUGACGACGAAAGCGGUGGCGUUUCGCCGCGGUCGUCCGCAUCGCCCGUCAAGUCUACCGUGUCGCAUGGCCGCUGGCGUCCACAUACCGUUGGAGCGGCGGCGACGACUGCGGCCGGUGGACACCAACCGACGCCGCCCGCUGUCCCACUACGUCAACAUCAAUUGCCGACGGCGACCGACGAGUUCCGCGGCCGGCCGAUACUGCGCAGCAAGUCGGACGUGGGUCACAGGGCACCCAAUUUGCUGAGUCUGUUGCCGGUGGCGGUGGCUAAGGCCGACGAACGACAAGUAUACGAUCCCAGUCAGUUGGAGAACUUUUUCGGCCACCUGGGCCUCGAUCCCGACGAGUACAAGUGGAUCAUAAAAACCGAUUCGGAGACGGGCUCGCAGGUAUGUUUCGGCGGUUCGAACAGUUCGGUUGGCUCGGUGAGCGGCGGCAGCAACAACAACAACACAAACUGCUUCAUGGAUAGUCAUUGGGCGGGUGGCGGUGUUCGGGGGGACGGCGACGGUUGUGAGGGAGGAACUGGCAGACCGGUCGGGAAGUCCGGCGGCGGAUCUUCCUCGUCCGAACUGCCGUCCAUCGUCGAGCGGAACGCCAGGAUCAUCAAGUGGCUGUGGAACUGCCGGAAGGCGAACUUGCAGCAGACGCUAUUACCGCCGACGCCAUCCUCUACUUAGAACGGCGGCGAAAAAUUAAACGCGAAAACCCCCCCAUCGGCGCACCCACCGAGCGGUCGGCUCACGGUUUCGAUUCUGUCAUAACUUAUACUACUUAAUAUAUAUACCUACUAAAUAGGUUACCUAUAUAUAACCACUAUUUAUUUUCACGACUCUACGAAGUCGUAGUGCGAGACCGCGGUUUUCAUAUAAUAUUUCAUAACACUAUGUACCUAAUUUAAAUUUUACAAUAAUAUUAUAUUAUUAUACCUACGUGAUAUUAGAAAAAAAAAAUUACUCUUACGGAUUAACCGAGUACUUCCGUCUCAUAACUUAUUGACAAUAUAUUAUUAUAUUAUAUUAAAAAAUAUUAAACUAUAUAAAUACAUUUUGAAUUAAAUAUUAUAUAUUUUAUUAAUUUAUUUUAGAUAUUUCGAAUUUAAGUAAAAUUUUAAAAACAUAUUUACAUAUUUAUAUAUUAUUAUAGGUUUUAAUUAUUACUGUUAUUAUUAUUAUUUAUUAUUGCUUAGUUUUUGGCCGUCGUCAAUAUUAUAAUGUAUAGUAAUUAAUUUGUACACGAUUGUAUACGGCCUAAUUAUAUAAAUGUAAUUACUAUUUAGAAUUAGAACCAAAAUAUUCUAGUCCAACAAGUUGAAUUUUACUAUAUGUUAUCAUGUUAUUAUUGUGUGUGUUGGAUAUUACUGUUUUCAUUUUUUUUAAAUAAUUUUUAUUAUUUUAUUGUUGUACGUAUAUACUAUUUUAGAUAGGUACGCAAUACACGACAUGACAGAUAAUAAUCAGUGCUUGAAUUGGAAAUAAAAUUAGGAAGGGUCGGAUGCAAAAGUAUAAAAAAAUUGUGCGUGUUUGAAGAUAUUCUAAACGUCUUAUCGAUUUGAAUAUUAAUUAAAAGGGGUGCGCUAAAAUAUUUUUAUUAAGAAAGAGGAACACCGUUCCCCUCUUCCCGCUGCCCAUCCAGUUCAAGCACUGCAUAAUAUAUAAUUAUUAUUGUACGACUUUUACGCUGAAAAAAAAAUUAUAAUACAACUUGUGUAGUGUAUUUUCCUUCGUGUAAACUAUUUGAUUCUUGUUAAAAAUGUAUGCAUGUAUACUUAUUAUUAUGUAUAAUAUAUUAUGUAUGAUAGCAGCUGAUUA